AAAUGAGAGAGUAAAUAUUAUUAACAAAUAGAGUUUAUAGUCAGAAUUAAGAGCACUCUAUAUUAAAUUGGGAGUAUUUUAUGUCUUUUUACUUUUUGAUUUGAUUUGGUCGUCAUUUAUUGAACCAUCAACUAUGAAUCAAAUUUCAUAAGACACAAAAUAAGGUCAAACUCAAAUAUUAUGGAUGAGUGCCCUUCAUAUUAUAAUAACAGGAAUCAUUUUUGUGUUAUUUUGUACUUUGAUGUGGCAAACUUAACCACUAAAAUUAGGAAUGGUUAAACUUUUAGUGAAGUAUGAUAAAUUUAAAAUAAAGGGAUUUUUUAUAUGUCUUUUUGAUUAGUGGAUUAAUGCUUAUAUUAGUUGUAAUUGAGAGAGUAGCCAUAUUUGUAACAAAUACAACAGCAAAUUCAGUUAUUGCAGAAGUUAUCNAAUAAAAAUAAUCAAAUAAAUUUUGA